AUGGCUGGUGAAGCCCGGAGGCUGGAGGACUUGGAGGAAAAGAAGAAAGAGAAGCUGAAGGAGCUCCAGCUUUGGCUGCCCGAUAAGGAGCCCUGCGGGCAGUCUCCUGAGGUGGUCCAGGCUCAACCAGAGAAGCCAAGCAGCGUGAAGUUCGCCUCACACCUGGUGCAUCAGUACAAGGAGGCACAGCACGGGUGCAUGGCCGUCCACACCAAGGGACCGCACAUGAACAAGCAAGGGGCGUGCACCAAAACCCUCGAAGAGACAGACUUGAAUUCAGCCCUGUCUUCCUCAUUCUUCCACUCACCAAGUGCACCCAACCUGGAGUCCCCCAGCUGGCCCACCUCCACCGAAGUGUUGAAAUUCUGCAAGCCUAAUCAACCAGUGCUUGAGCGCUCAAUGGAACAGAGGUCGAGAUCCCUAGUUUUCACAUCUGGAUAUACCUGGAAAGACCAUUCCCUAAGCAUUUACCAAGCUUUUCCAAGUUCCCCAUAUCAUGAGUCACCAAGCCAAGAGUUACCCAAUGACCCCACCUCCACCGCAGUCCUGAGAGUCUGUGAACCCCCAAGUCAUUCCUGUCCAGAGUCCAGAGAGAAGGAGGGUCCUGGGACUGUAUGGCCACUGGUUGAAACAUCUGUAAACAGCUGCACAGGAAGCAGAGAGAGAUACCAGGACCAAAGGAGAGAGAGACCUUGCUCCACCUGGUCAUGGAAAAAUGAAGAUUUGCACCAAAAAUUCGUGCAGUUGCUACUUCUACACACUCCUUACCCCAGAGACUACAAGUCCUUGAACUGGGGAAGCUGGGAUCACAGGAUGGUUGAGGAGCAAGGGCAUUUGAUUGAGGUCAGAGACUUAUUUGGCUCAGACCUGGGUCCCCAAGAAGGGCCUCACACAGUCAUAUUGCAUGGAGUUGCUGGAAUCGGGAAGUCCACACUGGCCAGGCACGUGAGAAGAGCCUGGGAGAAGGGCCAGCUAUACAGGAACCACUUCCAGCAUGUCUUCUACUUCAACUGCAGAGAGCUGGCUGCGUCCAAGCUGACAAGUCUGGAGGAACUCAUCACAAAAGACCAGUCCGCCACUGUGGCUCCCACUGGACAGGUCCAGUCUCAGCCAGAGCAGCUGCUCUUCAUCCUCGAUGGUUUAGAUGAACUGGAAUGGGUCUCGGAGGAGCAGAGGGUGGAGCUCUGUCUGCAUUGGAGCCAGCAGCAGCCCGUGCAGACACUACUGGGCAGUUUGCUGGAGAAAACCAUAUUUCCGGAGGCAUCCUUGCUGAUCACAGCUCGGACUGCAGCUCUGCAGAGAUUCAUUCCUUCUUUGAAGCAGCCAUGUUGGGUGGAGGUCCUGGGGUUCUCCGAGUCUUCUAGGAAGGACUAUUUCUACGCAUAUUUCACAGAGGAAAGCCAAGCGACUAGAGCCUUUAGAGUGGUUGAAUCAAACCAAGCACUCUUGACCAUGUGUCUCACGCCCUUGGUGUCCUGGCUGGCCUGCACUUGCCUGAAGCAGCAGAUGGAGGCAGGGGAAGAACUCUCACUGAGGUCGCAGACCAUGACAGCCCUCUAUCUGCGCUACCUUUCCCAGGCUAUCCAAGCUCAGCCCCUGGGGACUCAGCUGAGGGGCUUCUGUACUCUAGCUGCUGAGGGUAUCUGGAAAGGAAAGACUCUGUUCAGUCCAGGGGACCUCAAGAAGCAUGGAUUAGAUGGGGUCAUCAACUCCGCUCCCUUAAAGAUGGAUGUACUUCAAAAGCACCCCAUGUCUCUGAACUACAGCUUCAUUCACCUGUGUUUCCAGGAGUUCCUUGCAGCAGUGUCCUUUGCCUUAUGGGACAUGGGGGACAAAAGUGACCGUCCUAACAGCACUGGAAGCAUGGAAAAGUUGGUAGAAGUAUAUGGGAUCAACAACCCGUUUGGGGCACUGACCGUGCAUUUCCUAUCCGGGCUUUUGAGUGAGCAAGGAGCGAGAGAGGUGGAGAACAUUUCCCAAUGCAAGCUGUCUUGGGAGAGAAAGCGGGAGUCACUGCUGCGCUGGGCUGAACUGGAAGUCUGGCGUGAGCAUUACUCUCCGCAAUUGUUUCACUGUCUGUACGAGAUUCAGGACGAGGAGUUCCUGACACAAGCGAUGGCCCAUUUCCAAGGAACAAGAGUGUGCAUCCGAACCAGCAUGGAGCUGCUCGUGUUCACUUUCUGCAUUAGAUUCUGCUGCCAUGUGCGGCGGCUUCAAUUGAACGAGGGCGGACAACACCAAGGAGCAUGCAGGCCCGCCGACGCAGUGCUGUUGAGCUGGGUCCCGGUCACAGAGGCCUGCUGGCGGGUUCUCUUCUCCGUCCUCCAGGUCACUGGAAACCUGAAGGAACUGGACCUGAGUGGAAACAUCUUGAGCCGCUCUGCAGUACAGAGUCUUGGUGAGGCCCUGAGAUGCCCUGGGUGCCACCUAGAGACCCUGCGGCUGGAAGGCUGCGGCCUCACGUCUGGCUGCUGCCAGGACCUGGCCUCCAUGCUCAGGGUCAGUCCCAGCCUGAUGGAGCUAAACCUGCUGCAGAAUGACCUGGACAACCUCGGCGUGAGGAGGCUCUGUGAAGGACUCAGGCACCCUUCCUGCCGGCUCAUACUCCUAUGGCUGGACCAGACUCAGCUGAGUGAGGAGGUGACCGAGAUGCUGAGGGCCCUGGAGAGGGAGAAGCCUCAGCUGCUAGUCUCCGGGAUAUGGAAGCCAAGUCUGAGGAUCCUUCAUGAGGUCCCACAUGGAGCAGAGAUGAGCGAUACGUCCUCACUCAAGCGACAGAGACAAGCAUCAGAAGGCAGCUCUCCUCAAGCAGCACAGGUGAGACCCUUCUGUCUGUCUUCUCCUGCCCCUCCGGGGGACGAGCACAUGGAGUCUCUGGGGACCGAGGAUGACCUCUGGGGCCCCACAGGGCCUGUGGCUACUGAGGCGGUUGACAAAGAAAGGAGCCUGUACCGAGUUCACUUGCCCGUGGCUGGCUUCUACCACUGGCCCAACACGGGUCUCCGCUUUGAGGUGAGAGGGCCAGCAACCAUUGAAAUUGAAUUCUGUGCCUGGGACCAGUUCCUGAACAGGAAUUUCCCACAGCACAGCUGGCUGAUUGCAGGACCUCUGUUUGACAUCAAGGCUGAACCAGGUGCUGUGGCGGUGGUGUUCCUCCCUCACUUUGUGGCCUUCCAAGGGAACGAUGUGGACAUCUCCCGGUUUCAAGUGGCCCACUUCAAAGAGGAGGGGAUGCUCCUGGAGAAGCCAGCCAGGGUGAUGCCAUGUUAUGCCGCCCUGGAAAACCCCAGCUUCUCGCCCAUGGGAGUUCUACUGAGGAUGGUCCACACUGCCCUGCGCUUCAUUCCCAUCACCUCCACUGUGCUGCUCUACCAUUACCUCCAGCCUGAAGAAGUUACCUUCCACCUCUACCUGAUCCCCAGCGAUUGCUCCGUUCAGAAGGCCAUAGACGAUGAAGAAAAGAAGUUCCAGUUUGUGCGAAUUCACAAACCACCCCCGCUGACCCCGCUCUACAUGGGCUCCCGCUACACUGUGUCUGGUUCAGAGAAGCUGGAGAUACUGCCGGAGGAAUUGGAGCUCUGCUAUCGGAGCCCUCAAGAAUCUCAGCUGUUCUCUGAGUUCUACGUUCGCCAUUUGAGGUCAGGGAUCAGGUUGCAAAUAAGAAGCAAGAAAGAUGAGACUGUGGUGUGGGAAGCCUUGGUGAAGCCAGGUAAAGUCAAGUCCAGGGAGCACAGAGCCUCACCUGGCUCCCCAGCUGCCCUGCGAUUGAGGCACUUUGUGGACCGAUAUCGGGAGCAGCUGGUGGCUCGAGUGACAUCCGUGGACCCUGUCCUGGACAAGCUGCACGGACAGGUGCUGAGCGAAGAACAGUAUGAGGGGGUGCGGGCAGAGGCCACCGCGCCAGGCCAGAUGCGGAAGCUGUUUGGGUUCAGCCGAUCCUGGGACUGGGCCUGCAAAGAUCGUCUUUACCAAGCCCUGAAGGAGACCCAUCCUCACCUAAUCAUGGAACUCUGGGAGAAGUGGGGCAGUGAAGAGACCAGGCCGGGCUCCUGA